AUGCCUAUCGGGGUAGCAUUCGCGCAGAGGGGCCUUUGCCGUAUUGGAAAAUCGUCUAUUCGGUUACAGUCCAGCCAUUGCGUGAAGACGGCGACGUUUGACCGUUACACCACUAUUCGCGCGUUCUUCAGGCAGCAGCACACGACUAGCUUGAACCAAGCUGAAGCUCCUCGCAGGCCGCGUAUACGCGCAAUAUACUACUCUACACUCAGACCCCUGCAUCUUGGUGUAUCGCUCGAGUUCCGUCGACGCUACUCGCGCUCUGCUCCCGUCCACGCGGAAGGGGAGGGGAAGAAGGACGAAGAAGGCGUCAAGCAGACUCCACCUCAUCCCCCCGUUAACUACGACGACUACCCAAGACUUUUCCGACGCUUGGCAACGUCUUUGCCACAUCUGCAAAGACCCACAAGGGAUGACCUAUUAAAAGUCGCGACAGGGUUCUGGGAGCGAGCCAGGAUUCGGUUCAAGUGGUUUACGAUCAAAUCCUUUCGAAAAUUCAAUGCGGACGAUAUCUCAGCAUUCGUGACUUGGUUUGUCAUGAGUCAGACUCUGUGGAUACUGGUUGGAACCACGACGUUUUUUUCCGUUGUUUUCGCAAUAGCCAACAGUCUAAAACUGCAGAGAUAUAUUGCAAGGGGUAUUAGCGAUUAUCUCACCGCCGAAACUGGCGUCACCGUUAUCUUCGAGUCUGCCAUAGUUCCCAAAUGGAAGGAUUCUCGAAUAUCAUUCAAGAAUGUAUACGUUUCCCGUAGACCGUCUUCGUCUCCCGCGCGUGAGCAAACUUACUCUGCACAUAAGGCUGCAGUCGGAUACGACGUCAGCAACCACCCCGCGAAUCAUCACGUAGAAGAUGAAGACGAUGACCACAGGAGACAACAAAUAGAAGAUGAUUCUGGUUGGGCCAUGUAUGAUCUUGACAUCGACUCCAUCGAUGUAACGCUCUCCCUGAAGCGAUGGCUUGACGGGAAGGGACUUAUUGAGGACGCGGUCAUAAAGGGGGUCCGCGGUGUGCUAGAUCGCAGGUCCGUGACAUGGGAUCCAGAGAACCCAUUGGAUCCCGCUGCGUUUAGGCAACCUGCUAUGCCCGGGGACUUCGAGUUGGAAUCUCUACAGCUUGAAGAUGUACUCGUCACCGUAUACCAGCCAGGUGGCUUUCGCCCGUACACUGCCUCCAUUUUCCGGGCUGAUCUACGUUGUUUCCGCAAACAAUGGAUGUUUUACGACUUCCUUUCCGCGGAAAAUAUAGUAGGACAAUUCGACAAUUGUCUGGUCAGCCUUCAUAAGCCUCAAAGCAUCAGUCGGACAACCGAAAUGGACCUCAAGGAUGGAGAGUGGGCGCGGAUGUCUAGGAUUCGCAUCGAUGGGGUCAGUAUCGACCAUUUGAAAGGCUCCACCACCGACGACGGUCCUAUAUCAUGGAUUACUUCGGGCAAAGUCGAUGCUGUAUUCGACAUCAAAUUUCCACGGGACCCUUCGGAUGAACUGCGUUUCGACGCCAUCCUAGGGGACAUUGCCGAUGCCAUUUCUACUACCCUCUCCGGAGAAGAUGAUUUAGCUCGGGCUCGCAUUCCUGGCCAACGGGAAUUAGCAAAACCACCGCUCCGCGCACCAGAAGAUCAAUUGGGAUUCAAAGAUACUUCCCGUAACAAAGACCCAGAUUACAACCCACGGGUCAUCAUCGACAUCGAUCUGAGGUUUAGGGAUGUCAAGGCGGCGGUCCCUAUCUUCACAAACGAUAUCUCCUAUGUGAAUAAUGCACUCAUUCGCCCUAUAGUUGCGUUUAUGAAUGCUAAUCACACUUUAAUCCCUAUUCGCUGUACUAUAACCAAGGACCUCAGCGAUUUUGAAGGCGCGUGGACGAUGUGGGAGACUGGCCUCAUGGACGAAAUUUCUCUCAAAAUUUAUGAAGCCCUUGCAUAUCAUGUUGCGCAAGCGAAUAUGAACAAACGCAUUAAGACCGUUGGCCUAUGGAGCUUACAGAUGACCGCCAGCGCAGUUCUCUCAGCCCUUCGCAACGUUGUCGACCCUGUGUCCGUCCACUUCAAAGAGAUGUACUUCAGCGGACAGGGACUCUAUGACCUACAAUUAGUUCCAGGGCCUUAA